AUGGGGGUGCGCGACACGCCGCUAAGCGCCCCGCAAGACGCGCUGCUGCACUCGCUCGAGCGCCACGUGCAGCUCCAGACCCAGUCGUCCACCCGCGCGUCGCUCUUGCACGCGCACCGCCAGCAACGCGCGCUCUCGACCGUACAAGCGUUCCUCACGUCCCGCGCCUCGUUUGAUCGUUUAUCCACCCAGCCCCACCACCCCGCGCGCGGCUCCGGAUUAAAUCCGAUCUUUUAUCGCCUGGCCACCCGCGUCCACAGCGUCGGCGCGCAAUGGACUGCGCUCUCGACGCACGCGCGCGCGGCCCACGCGCUCGUACAGGCCCUGGAGACGAGCCACGUGCACGUGGCGGCCCGCACGCGCGCGCUGUACGCGCGUUUCGAAGCCAUUUUGCAGCAGAUGGACGCGCUGGACGCGCGUGUCGCAGCGAUUGCGGCGCCGCUGCCGCACUUUACCGGUAUUGAGACUGUGGCGCACGUCGUGGGCUUUGGCGUGCAGUACGCCGCGCCCCGCAGCUCUGUUGGUGGGGACCACAACGCACAGGAGAACGCGGUGCAAGUGGUUCAGCACCGACGAGGAGUGGACCCGACGACGCCGGCGUUUGUUCAAGCGCUGGAGCAGAUGGACGCGGCCGUGACGUACUUGACGGGUCAUAUGGAGUACAAGGACUCGGCGUGCUACGUCGAUGCGUAUCGGACACUCGCAGCUGGUGGCAUUCAGUGCCUGAGAGACUAUGCACUGAGUGGUCUUGACGCAGCCAGAGAUGCAGUGCACGAGGCGCUGCAGAAGCAGGCGGAGGAGAUGCAGCACGGCAGUGCUGCUGCGACUUUGUCCAUCCAGCAGCUCGAUCAAUCGUCGGCGUACUAUGUGAACUUCCAGAUAGUGGCGCCAGCGCUGGCCGCAGUCGCGAAGCAACUCGAGCGUUUGCAUGCUCGGUCGACUCUGGACAGUGUUGAGAAUUUGCGUAAACUGUUAGAAGUGGCUGACGUGUAUGCCACACAGCGCCUACAAUUGCUAUCGCCCGUGCUAAGCGCGUGGCUGAGCGCUGUAUCGGGAACGUCCGAUCUCGUCAAUGUGCUCCGUGCCAGUUGCGCUCAGUUGCUCAAGGUCUGUGAGGCGGAAUGUCGACUGUUCCAGAACCUCUUUGGCCACGACCCGAGCGACGAGCUCUUUGCUCAUUCUACUGCCAAUGCCACUGUCGACAAUGAAAGAAAAGAGGACGGGAACGAGAGCUUCUUUGAGCGACUGAUUUUCCAGCUGAGCGGUUUGUUGUACAAUACUGUACGACCUCAGCUUCUUGCUCAAAAGGAUCUGGAAGUACUAUGCGAAGUCAUUCAGGUCCUCAAAAGCGAGGUGAUCGAGGCAGCAAUUACUCCACGUGUAGCGUUUGUGGGGUAUACCGAGCCGGUAAUGCACCGCAUGAUCCAGGAUGCACAGGAGCGGCUUAUUCUUUGCAUGCAGAAGUACAUUCGCGACGAAAUUGAAGGCUUUGUGCCCACCCCUGCCGACCUUGACUAUCCGGCAAAGCUGGUAGCGGCAGAGCAGGCUAGUGCACCUCUGUAUGCUACAUGGUACCCAUCGCUUGAACAUACGCUGUUGUGCUUGUCAAAGGGGUACCAUUUUAUCAAGCUGGAGAUUUUCGAGGAGUUGGCUCAGGAUGCGAUUCAGAUCUGCGCUGCGUCCUUGAAAAUGGCCUCAGCUGAUAUUGCAGCGGCCCAGGGCGGUCUGCAUGGCUCUCUUUUUCUUGUCAAGCACCUGCUCACACUGCGCGAACAGAUCACUCCGUUCGAGAUUCAGUUUUCGCAAACGAGCAAGGCUCUAGACUUCACGACUAGCGCAGAUGCCAUGAAUGAGCUACUGGUGGACGCGUCAACGCUUUUUCGAUUUUCGGGGCCAAAUGGCAUCGUAGGUCUUUUCUCACGCGGCAUUCCCCAGAUUCACGAGACUACGGCCGAUGUCAAGAAGGACCUAGAGCAGGAGCUAAAGAAGAGCUGCACGGCGUUCAUUGAGAUCGUGCUGCAGCAGUUGGCUGACCCGCUGCUUGCGGUGAUGAAGCAGAUUGCUCAUGCCCAGCAAUCGCAGAAGGCAACUGCAUUGGAUUUCCGUCAAUAUGCGUUCACUGCGCCGGUCGAGGUCAGAAACGUGCUUAUGAGCGUCGACUGUCAGUUGCGCGAUACUCUUCCCAAUAUCCUGCAAAUCAUCCGUCUUUACCUUCGCAACUCAUCCACCGAGACGAUUCUUUUCAAGCCUGUGCAGCGAAACCUUCUCGAUACGGUUGAGCAUCUCAAGCAGCUAAUGGAGCAGGCAUAUACCAGCGAGGAGCUGGAGCCGUGUGAGGAAGUAUUCGAUGCUGUGUUGCAACAACUGCGCGCACUUUGA